AGAAGGGCAUGAAGAGAGAGAGGAGCCGCAGUGUGAGAUAUAAAGAGAAACAAGCAGAGAGGGAAAGAGAAAGGCAUGCAGUCAAGGAGAGAGAGAAGAGGACAGUCUCUCUAUCUCUCCUGCUUUAAGUUCAGUAUUGUGUCUAAUUUCUCAUCCAUCCAGCCGUCUGCACUUUCGUAGAUGACUGAUACAAAGGAGGAUGUUGAAGUUCCGUGUGGACAGGAGAGUCGGUCAACAUGACCAGAGCGGACCAGCAGUGAGCAAGUUCCGGCUGGAAGAGCCAAAAACAAUACACUCCAAUCUCCAGCACGGUGAUUUGGAGAUGAAUGGGAAAACUAAUAACCCUUCUGAGAGAAUCACCAACUCCAAAAGUGCCAAUAUGGUUUCAGACCUCUCCACAAAAGCCCAACCUUACACUCGGACGUCUCGUACUCCCAGAACAGCAGCUAUGUUUGGGAAGCGCUCAUACUCAAUGCGCAGGAAUCCCAAAGCAGAGGUCACUAAGCAGGGAUGGUUGCACAAGCAGGCCAGCAGUGGAGUAAAGCAGUGGAACAAGAGGUGGUUUGUCCUCGCUGAAAGAUGUCUCUUCUACUACAAAGAUGAGAAGGAGGACACUGUGCUAGGAAGUUUGCCGUUGCUUAGUUUCCAGAUCAAAGGAGUGGAACCUUCGGAUAACAUCACCCGCAAAUUUGCCUUUAAGGUGAGGUUGGAGAAGGAGCAGGCUGAGGACAGGGAGUUGAGGGAUCCUAUUGUGUUUUGCAUGCAGGUACAUCACGUUGGGACCAGGACAUACUACUUCAGUGCAGAUAGCCAUGAGGAACAAAAGGAGUGGAUUAAAACCAUGAUCGAAGCUGCAGAGGUCAACAUUCAGCUAACACAGAGAAUGAACACUAUAGCAGAUCUCAACCAGACCAUGGCGACCAAGGCAACUAACCAACAAACCCAGCAACCUCCUCACACACAAACACACUGUGACACUGAUUUUGAAAAUACCCCCUACCCUAAGAUCAACAUACUCAACAGCCAUGAGACAACUACACACUCCACCCCCUGCUCUGAACAAGUGGAAAAAAAUAAAGAUGGAAGAGAAGGAGAGUUGGGAGGAGAAGGUGAAGUCAAAGGGGAAGACCCUGUUCCUGACAAUGCUUCUCACCCAAGCCACCAUCCAAAUGGGUGGGGCAACUAUGGCCUUCGUAAGACAAUGCCCCUCAACAGCAAUAACAAGCCCCCUGCAUCCAGGAGUCAGAGUCAACCUUGUUCCCGCCAGGGACAACAAGUAGGGGGUGUUGGGCCAUCAUAUGAUUCCAGAGAGCAGCAGGAUAACGUGGUGCUGAGGAGAGGAUUUGUGCCUAGGACGGCUCCAGAGAGGCUUGCCCAGAGGAAAACCUCCAUGGCCCAGUUGCAACAAUGGGUCAACCGCCGACGGACAAUGGCCUCCCAGGAAGACAUCAACAGCCCAUCUAGUUACUUUCCAGUGAACCACGGGGUGUUGGAGGACUACUUUGGCUACCCAGGUGGUGCCCCAUACGUGGAGGAGUACCCUCUUUACCCGCCAGGAAUGCGACCUGACAGUAUCUGCUCUUUCUCUGCUUUGGGGGGAUGCAACCGACGCUGGACUGUUGAGGAAAAGCGUCACUCACUGAGAGACCCAUCCCAUCUGUAUGGAUCUCCUAUGCCCAGGGACCAAUGGGGGCCCACAUACCGUGGUGGAAUAGAAACAUCAAUGAGAUGUCUGUCCAUCCAGCCACGCUCCAGGUCUGUACCCAGGUCACCAUCGUCAUCAUCAGGGGGGCCUUACUCACCAGUAUCCCCCAACUUUGCUUCGCGGGCUGGAUCCCCAUCUGGCUGCGUCAAUCGAUUUCCAGGAAGGAUGAGGGAGGAUGUGAUCUAUGCUGAUACAUCAGUCUACAGCCUGAGGGGAUCCCUUAGCCCAUCAAAGUAUGACUGCCCUGGUUAUAGGAGGUCCUUAAGCCAAGGAGUAUACAACUACAACUACCCUGUAACCCCUUCCAUCCACAAUAAAAUGGAGGACAUAUUGGACCUUCAGCUCCAGCACAACCUGGAUUAUUUAGACCAACAGGUUCCUCCUUUUUAUGAGGUCUUCAGCAGAGAGAUACAUCCUACACUCAAGCUCAAUGAAAUGGAAACUAGUAAACUCUUGAGUCGACUGUGUGAACAGAAUGGAAUUUGGAAAGAUCAUGAAGCUGUUGUCCGCAGACUGCGAAUGGAAAAGAACAGCCUUGAAGAAGCACUUGUGGCAACUCAUCAGGAGCUGGAGCUGUACCAUACCCAAGCGAUGGCCCCAGGUAAACUGCGGUUGAAAAAGGACACUCUACAAAACCAGCUCGUCAACAUCAGAGGACAGCUCUCCCAGGCCUCUAGUGCUUUAACCACUAGUCGUAUGGAGUUUGAAGCAUUAGAGGAUGAGGCCAAUGCCAUUCAUGGAGACCUGUGGGAGCAGCUUAAUGCAGGAGGGCAGUGUGAACUGGUUCAUAGGCACAUCCAAAAAGAGUUUUGGAGAGUCCAGGAUGUAUUAGAGGGACUGCACAAGAAUAACUCAUCCAGAGGCACCGACACAGCCAAGCAUAACGUGGCCAGCGGUGCACCAGGCUCCUUUAGUACCAAUAGUCCAGCCAGUCCCCUGAGCUCAGUAAGCUUCACCAGCCCCUUCUCCCCAGUGCCCGGCACCCAGGUUUCCCCCACCAAACAGCUGGGCCCGGAGGAAAGUGUUCCCCCAAGGCCUCCGCUUCCCAAAUCCUAUUACCCUUUGGAGCCCUCCCUUACCUUCCCUCCCUCUAUCCCGCACCUGCCCUUUGACAGCACUGCCUGGCUACGCAGCUUGGGCAUCGAUGACGGUUACCUUGCUGCAGAAGAUUCUCAAAAAAAGGCCAGGUUUGCAGAACAGAACAUCAGUGAUAUGCAGGACCAGGUUCAGGAUAGACAAUCCACCAUGAACAAAGUUGGCAUUGUCCCUCCUAGGACGAAGUCUCCCACUGACAAAUCACACAGCAGCUCUUUUGGAGAUACCAUCCAUAAUGGCAGAUGUCCUAAUGGACUUUUUAGGGAGCGUCGAAAGAGUGCAGUGUUUCCUGCUGAGCUGAAGUCAAAGAUGAGUGUGGAGGAGCAGAAUGAGCGAAUACGACGCCACCAGAGCAGCUCUGUGAGGGACAAGAGGCGGAGUCUAAACCUCUCAGGUGGCCAGUCCCCUGCAAACUACAAAGUGAUUCGUAGGCGGCUGACAGCUCACGAGAUUGACAUUAAAGACUUGGAGGUAGCAGUUCGAGGCCAGGGGCAGGAGUCACCACAAGAAGAAAUUGCCCGACUUAGACGGUUGAGGAUUGAAUCAGAACCCUACAACCGGAGCAAUAGCAAAGAGCUGGUGACCACCAACAAGGUGGUGAUCCCGGGGUGUUACAUGGAUGUGCAGGAUAACACCCCUCUUAGUCCUGAGGAACAGAAGGAGAAGCAGAAAAAACUUGAGCGGAUCAAGACGCUCAUUGCAAAAUCAAAUUUGCAGAACAUGGUUCCUUUGCUGGACGGGCCGGUGGAGGGUGGAGCUCCAGUCAAUUCCCAGCAGCAGUUGCAGGAGCAAGAGAAGCGUAUGGAGAUCUCAUGUGCUCUUGCCGCUGAGGCCUCUCGUCGCAGCCGUCUUUUCUCUGUUCGCCCCCAGUCCUCCCAUCUCCCCAAGCAGCCAGGCCCCUCCCCCUUCCUCUGCUGAUUUCCCAAACUCAGCCCACAUCACGUCUUGAGUCAUACAAGCUCAAGCUCCAUCUGCUGUUCAUUUUGAUGGAUCAUCUUUCUGAAGAUGAACUGACUUAAUCAAACAAUGGCAGAUUACCUACUUAAUGACAGGACCUACCAUACACAGUGGCACCUGCCCAUCAGCAACUAACAUUCACACACUGUAGUCACAGUUUCAGAAGCAAUGCUGGGGUUAAGUGUCUUGCCCAAGGACACAUCGACAUCCAGGUUAUCCGGGCCUUGGAUCAAACCGCCAACCAUCUGAUUGGAAGACUACCGCGGUCCCCACUCACCUCACCUCACAUUCUGUGUGAAGUUGCCCCAAUGAUUGUCUGCAUUUAGGUAUGUCAGUAUAUACCAGGUGUUCUGGGUUAAAAUGGCCAACCUAGAAUACUGAAAUAAAUUAUUUCACAAUUAUGCACAAAAAUGCAUAAAAUACAAUUAUUGUGAAACAACAAAUAUAUAUUUAAACACGGCCCAUUAUUGAUUAUAUAUUCAUUGUUAUUUUCAUGCUGUCACUGUUUAUGCAUGGUAAAAACAAACUAUGUAACAUUUUUGUUUAUCGAAUUAAGUCCAUUGAACCAUUUUAAAUGAUGUCGACAACUGAUGCAAAUUUCGAAGUGUGUCUAAGUGGCCUGCCUUUGUAGAAAUGUGCUUUAUGUCCAUGGUCAGAGAAAAUACAACAGAGAAUUUACUACAAUUAAUUAUGACAAGAUAUAAUUUUUUCAUGCUCUGACGAUUCUUCAAUAAUAUUUUUUAAUUAACUGGUAUUUGUGUUAAUAAAUGAAAGCCAAACAGUGGUGUCCAUUUGAUUCUUGAUGUAGCAUUUGUGAAAGAUGGAAAUGAAGAAUAUAUAGAUAAUAUAAAUUUGUAUAAAAUAUUUGUACUUAAUUUACAAUAUAUCCUGCUAUCACAUAUAACAUUGCCAUUUUGGGGGGAAUAAACAACUGCUUUCAACUAUGCAAAUAAUAGAAAAUGGGCAUAUAAAAAUGCUUGCUUACAGAAAACCUUGCAAUAAAGUAAAUGUAUACAUGUGUUUCUCUAGAUAAAUCACAGUAUUGUGUAAGAUAGAACAUGUCUGUAUCAAUGUACAGUAUGAAUCUAUUUACUGCUCUAAUUUUUUGUUGAUUUUAAAAUGUACUCCCAAAAAAACUACUGACACAACUGACCAGCCUAGUUGUUGACGAUGUUGAUGGCUCUAUGAUAUUCUACAAUCUUUGUAAUAUCAAACUGUGUCUGAAUGAAUAAAGAGAUAAAUCAAG